AUGAUUCACCACACAGCAGUCGAUGAUGAUCCCAAUUCAUCCUACAUUAGACGUCCUUCGGGCCCCGUUGCAUCGGACCCACCGUCUGGACCGUCCCAUAACCGGCCUUCCUCUCGCUCGUCACGGCCUAGCUCUCGGACUCGAAUGGUAAAGCCGCCAGUUGCGGUUACACCCACUGGUCUCGGCGUGCUUACAGAGAAUGUGGCAAACUUGUCCCCAGAGGGUCUCGGAGCGACCAGCCCUAUCAAAGAAGGGCUCGGCAGUUUAAAUCGCUGGUCCCAGUCAACGGCAUCUAGUAAAAGUCCCUCGGAGUACAUCGGUCAUCAUCGUCGAGGGAGCUCGAAAAUGUCCAUAUCAGGUUACAAUCGUGGACGGGGGAGCCACAGCCCCCAACGUGUGCAAGGGCUGAAUGGGUUGCCGAUGCUUGAUCUGCCGGAACUGGAAAAGUCUGCCAUAUUCAACCAUGACUCAACAUCACAACAACUUGAUCUCUCAUUUGCGGCCUCAAGCCAUCUUUUUCAACCCUCAACACAUAGCAACAAAACAGAUAUGCCACUUGCUAGAUCCAGUGGGGGGUCUAUUUCUUUAAAUGACGGGGAAGGAGACCCGGCGGCCAUACAACAUGGACAGACCCAAAAGGUGAUGCUGUCAAAGGCACUUCAGAAAGCAAAUACGGCAGUCCUUCUUGAUAACGCUGCCAAUUUCGAGGGUGCCAUGGAAGCUUACACCGACGCUUGCAACUUGCUUCAGCUUGUCAUGGUCCGUAGCAAUGGAGGAGACGAAGAGAAACUCAAACUUCAAGAAAUUCGAGACACAUAUAUGCUCCGGGUCACGGAACUUCAUCGUAUGGAUUUUCCUCUCCCAGAGAGCGACGACAAAGCUCUUCCAGAUCGGCCCCUCAGCCAAGAGUCAUAUGGAGAAUUGCUUCGUUCGACAAAUGAUGGGUAUGAUGGAUCCCAUAUCGAGAGCCAGCAGAACUCACCUCGUUCCAGCUUUGGGUUCCACCAGAUUCCACUGGAAGAGACAAGGGGAUUUUCCCUGGAAGCAGUGCCCCCUCGGCGACAAUCCUUGAAGCCGUCUGCCUUGGAAGAUCAACCCCGAUCGAUGACAUUGCAGACGGGCAGCCAGGAGGACACCAAUGAAUCCACUUCAUGGUUGGACACAAUUGAUGAAUCGGGUGCUUCGUCACCCUCGUCGGCAAACUCCAAGGCGUCAUCGGUGUACCUUCGUCGCCGGACAAGCCGUCGUCUCAGUAAUGACACCGAGGCGGAGUUUGAUGCGGCCCUCGAUGCAGCCGUGGAAGCUGCAUAUGAUGAAGGUCUGGAGCCGGUGCCGGAGCACAAAGAAGAGGAAAGCGAUGAUGUUGUUUCAAAUGCUCGCAGGAACAUCCAAUUAGCGAAGCAAAGAGUGCGCGAGGCAGAACAGGAAGCAGAGGCAAUGAAUCGUGAUCGUGAAAUGCGCCGGAUCCAGGAACAGACAACUUUUGGGAAUGACCUCAUUGCCCGUACUUCGGCAUAUCUGGACGAUGAAGCAGAGGAAGAGGAGCGUUUGCUAGAAGAGAUGACCAAGGGCUACGUGAUGGACGACUUUGAGUUCGGCAUUCAGUCCAAGUCGGCACUCCCUCGAGAAUCGGAUUCUAGCAACAUGUCUGGGAGGACCUGGGAAAGCUCCGCAACGUCUAAUGCUGCCAACACUGGGGGUGCACUGUCUACGCUUGCAGAAGAUGAUGUCUUGCCACUAGGCGACCUAAGGCCCGAACCAUAUAUCAUGCCCUCUUCUCCUCCAUCUUCGGCUUUGCCACCCCUGCCAGCCUCAUCCGACUUCCCGGCUCCUUCAAAGCGGGCCUCGAUAUCAAACCGUGCUGGUUCUAUCGGCUCACUCGUCUCUUCUACAGGUCCAGGAGUGCGAGCCCGGAGACUAUCCAGCCAGACUCGCGAGCUUAAAAUCGAGACCAAUACCCGCUCCUCUCGCGCUAAUUCCAAUGCAUCAUCGGCCUUUGAAAAUGUCGCAACCCCACAGGCAAAUCGCCCGCCACCGUUGCCGAAAGACGAACCUUCUGCUCCUGGGGCCCGUUCCACUUUGCACCCAACACAACGCAACCCGUCGGUGGGCUCUUUCACGGACCACAUCAACCUCUCCAAAGCUCGUACUCAUGAAGAUGAUGAGAACGAACUGCCACCCCUGCCGCUGUCAGCGCGGCCCAUGGGCAAAGUACCCUCGGCUCCAGAUGGAUUGAACAAACUUCACUCCAAUACAAAGCCUUUCCGAACUCGGAAUGCCUCUGUUCCGAUUCAGAUCCCUGAUAUGUGCCCGGAAUCCCCAAGCUCCCCGUGGAGCGGUGCAUUCCCUGACACUCAAAGGGGCGCGACUAGCGGCGUCCCUGUUUUACCCACACCGACCCUAGCCAACUUUAACUUCAAUCAAAAUGGACUGCCAAGCGGCGGGUUAAACCUGUUUGGUAGCAACAUUCACUCACCCACAGCUCUUGGCCGUCCAAAUUCGUUGGUGGCCAAUGCCCCGCUUCCUCUAGAGCCAUGUCCGGAGGGUUUCCUUCUCCGCCCAUUUUGGCUAAUGAGAUGUCUCUACCAGACACUUGCACAUCCUCACGGUGGCUAUUUGUCAGAGAAGCUCUUUAUUCCUCGAGAUGUCUGGCGCGUGAAAAAUGUCAAACUAAAGGCCCUGGAAGAGAAAGUGUCCAACUGCGAUCUUCUGACCGCCGCCCUGCUCAAAUUGGCCCAAGUCGAUACAUAUGAUGCAGAUGCGGUUCUGGAGGAGAUGCAGUCGUUUGAUACUAUACUCGACCAAGUUCAGGUUACCUUGACUAAGAAAUUGGGCAGUGAUGUCGGUGUCCAAGCAUCAAUGCCAUUGUUUAAGCCCGCUUCCACGCCGGAUGAACCUGUUCAACCAGAAGUUGCGCCGAACAAAUCAUACUUGACAUGGAAAAGAUUACGCGCAAAAACUUCCGGGCUUGGGACAACCACUCCGGUCCCGAGUGCUCGAGAAAGUAACAAGGACAAUCUAGUCCUCAAUUCCGUCCCGAUGACAUCUGUACAUGGAACACCUGCGAAGCGCAAUGUUACCCAGCUUGAAUUCUCUGGGCCCAAUGCAAACUACAUGGGGGCGUUGGCGCGGCUUUUUGAUGCUGCACAGGUGCUAGAACAAAUUGCUCAGCAAGUUGAGGACCCUGGGCUCAAACAUUCGUCCAAAACCCACGUUGGUCUGGAACUCAGCACACGACAUGCUGCUGAAUUCUUUGGCUUUUACAUUUGUCGGUUCGCAUUGGCUGAUGUGGGCUUGAUGCUCGACAAGUUCAUCAAGCGAGGUAGCGAGUGGGUGUUGGUUUAG